UAGCAGUUGGCAACCAUGGGUAAAAUUGUAAACAAUAUUCUAAUGAUAAAAACACCGACUCUACGUUUACUGAUUGCACCCGCAACGCCGUAAUUCGACUAAUACGGAAUACAAAAUACUGACGAUUAUAAACAAUUACAAACCACGUUUCGUUUUGGCGCUUUAAUUUAGUAAAUAGUAAGUGAAUUUUUAUAAAUGAGUGCGAUGGACAUGAUGAAAUGUUACUUAUCAACUAACCGGAUCGUUCUGCAAGCCAACAGCACGGAUCCGUUGACCUGGCAAAAAUUGCACACAUUUUUACCAUCUUUACAUGAGCAUCUAUCUUGUCGGGUUUGUCAUAAGCUGCUCGACCGACUGAAUCCCUAUUUGGGCGGAUAUGCAUGUACAGCGUGUGUGGAUCAACAGACAACCGAAAAUUCGUCUAGCACGAUAAUAGAAUGCUACAAGAAAUUGUGUGCUUACAUACAUAGCUCAUCAUUUUACAAAGUUAUGUGCACAAGAGUUGAAGACAAACUGAUAGUCGAAUUAAUAACCGAAGUUAUUGGUUUAUCUCGAUCAGUUAAUGGCUACAGUGGAAUGGUAAAUGGUGGAGUGAUUAAAGAAGAAAUAAAAGAAGAGGACACAACUUUAUUAAACUCAUCAGAUAUUCAACUACCCAUAGACAACCAAACAUUGGAGGAGUAUAUUGACUUACAAAUAUUUGAUGAACAAGAACAGAGAAAUCAAGAUGAAUAUGUAUUCAACAAUAUUCCUGAAAAGAAGCAAAAUGAACGUGGUCAGGGCUGUCGAUGUGCUACAACUACUACUGACAAGCUAACAUGUUUCGGACAGAGAUGUCCCUGUUAUAUAGAACAAGAACCUUGUGAUCAAUGUAAAUGUAGAGGGUGCAAAAAUCCUAGACAGAAGAGAUCCAAUAAUGAUGACAACUUAGAAACAGAUAUAGUGGGUCGGAAACCAGUGAUCUUAGAACUAAUGUCUUCACUCGAGUCUUCACCCAAUAAAAGCAAGCUGGCAUUUAGUUCUUAUACAAUGAAUGAUAUGUUACCGUCUUCUUCACACAGUGAAAGUUAUGAUCAAAAUGGGACUGAACACAAACUUGAACAUGCAAACUCUAUUUUCAAUUCUCCUUGAAUAACCAGCAUUGACAUUAUUAAAAUGGAACUAGUAUAUACAUAUAUAUUACAAUAAUUUCAUGGGAUUAAUUAAAUAUAUUAUUUAUU